GCGCCUCGCAACAGGUUCUUCUUCUGGAGACACAGACACAUUUCGACGUGACAGGCAUAUAUGCAUUGUUACUGUCAGAAUUGCAUAAUAACUUAAAUUAGACUGCCUCGCGACCAUUCUUUAUUCACAAAAAAACAAAAAAAAAUCUUGUCAAACUUGUCGCAGGGAAAUAUUUUUUUUUUUUGAACACCCGGCGAUCAUAAAUUCUCACCGAUACAAUGAUUGGCAGAAUGAUCGAGCAAGCGAGAAAGCACCCCGCACUCAUUCCUCAGUUCGCCUUCUUGAUAAUCGGGAUGGGCGGGGCUUUCCUCUACCUCGUCCGCCUUGCCAAGGGCCCACAUGUUAGCUGGAACCAUAAGGGCAACCCGGAGCCCUGGAACCAGGUCAGCCCUACCUACCAAUACAAGUUCGUGGCCAUUGAGACUGACUACAAGAAUCUGAAGAAGGAAGGCCCUGAUUUCUGAACCUCAUCGCAGCUAUUUAAUGGUUCGGCUGGCCUGCUUAGAACUGAAGACAUUUGCUUGCAUAUUUUAGUUUUUGUCUGCAGUCUCAACAGAAAUAUUAUAUAUGCGUCUCGACGAAUAAACGUAGAACGUGUUGACUUAUUCCGACUCUACGCCGAAAGUACAAUUCAGACUGAAUUGAAAUUCCUGCUCGUGGUCAUGCGCAGUACUUCAGACAUCUUUUUCGCACUGGAGAGAAGCGUAGGGAAUUCACAGGCAGCCUGUCACCUCGUUCUGGGAAGUCCUUGUCUCUUUGGGAAACCGCUUGACCUUAAUAUUAAAAAAAUGUCACGAUGUUA